ACAAAAAAAUUUUACAAGGGGCGGGUGGCUGAGUAUUAUUAUGAUUUAAGCGAACUUUUGUUCGAAGUUUCGAACUGCGAGUAUAAUGCGAGUUGAAUAAUACGGAGAUAUGAACUCUGUUAUAUUUGCAUUAUUAAGCUGUGCAUCGCGGCAACAUAUCAAGUUUCAUAUCAAAUUUCAUAAGCAGAAGCACAUGUUUCGGGUGACAAAAGCCAAAAAGUCUUUUAUCCCGAUGGCUUCGAAGGAAACACCGAAAAAAAUUUAUCGAGCAAGAAAUUCUUCGAUUGACCCGUUGUCCUGUAGACUUUGUCGAUCUAUUGGUGACGCGAAUCAUCGCAAAAAUUUAUUUAGUACACUAAACGAAGAAUUAUUGAGGACUGUAGAGCAAUUGUGCGGCCAUCCGUUGUUGCGAGAUCCAAGUUUGCCUCAUCUGUUGUGUCGACCAUGCGAGCGCAGACUAAAGCACAUUAAAGAAUUUCGAGAAGUUGUAAGAAAAACACAGAACGAAUUUCGCCAGCAACAACCUUGUGAAACAAGAGUGAAACGGUGCCUAGAAGCCUCACCGUCGGCAUCCCAACCACCAAGAACUCGUUUGCACACAUCUGGGCCUUCAGCAAGAACUUCGCUCAAUUUUGGGGUACAAGUUCCAUCUUCUGAUAAAGAGAAUAUAACUGCGUUGGAUGAAAUAUUAAACGAGGCGAACAGAGAACUGAUUAAUAUUGCCCGUAAAGACGAGCCAUCCGUGCUAAGGAAUGGAACAUACGCAGGAUUAAGUCAGUCAAACUGGAUGACAGAAGUGGUAAAUGAGCUCUCGACGAGGUGUCCUAAUGUUGCAAAAAUAUUGUCAAGUUUGCUCGAUUGUUCUAUUUUGGAUGCAGGAAAUAAACUACCGCCAAUUUCCCUAAUUUACGGCAUUAUCAUGUUUGUGAGAUGUCAUCACUUGAGCCGCAUUCAAAGAAUCAACACCAUUCUUCUGACAGAAGGGAAAGCAACUAAAAAUUUGAUUGAUCGAUUCAACAAAUAUGGGCUCUGUUUGAGUUUUUCUAACAAAUAUGUUGUGCUUGACGAUAUUGGGAAACAUUUUUUGGAUCGUGCUGUCGAGUUGGUCAAAUCUGGGAUGAAAUUUGUCUAUGUGGUUGAUAACAUAGAUUGGGAAGAGAAAGUGCAUGACAUGAGAGCAGACCAUCAAAACAAGAGUGUGCAUGCAUGUGCAACUAGCAUGGUGUUCAACAGAGUGCCAAGUGACCACUUACCUGACAAUGGUCCACAGAAAGAUAUCGCAACUUGCAAUUUUCGUGAAAUUGUUUCAUUGUCAGAUGCAGAAAUGACAACAAUUCGGAAUCGGUAUAAAAUUCAUUGCGAGAAUCCUGGUUCAAAAGUUCACUGA